AUGGGAGUUCCAGCUCUUUUUAGGUGGUUAUCCAAAAAAUAUCCUAAAAUCAUUGAACAGGUCAUUGAAGAACGACCAAUUGAAGUUAAUGGAAUAGAAAUACCGGUUGAUAUUUCUAAACCAAAUCCAAAUAAGAUGGAGUUUGAUAAUUUAUAUUUAGAUAUGAAUGGUAUCAUUCAUCCUUGCUGUCAUCCGGAUAAUAAGCCUGCUCCAGAUACAGAAGAAGAUAUGAUGAUUGAUAUAUUUAAAUAUACUGAGCGGAUAGUUGCUAUGAUUCGCCCUAGAAGGGUUUUAUAUCUCGCUAUUGAUGGAGUGGCACCUCGUGCUAAAAUGAAUCAACAAAGAUCUCGUAGAUUUAGAACUGCACAAGAAGAUAAGGAAAAGGCAGAAGAAGUAACUCAAGAGUUAGAAAGGCUUGAAGCGUCAGGACAAUCGAUAGAUACGACGAUCAAACAAAAAAAGUCAUUUGAUAGUAACUGUAUAACACCAGGUACGCCCUUUAUGGCACGUCUUGCAGAAUGUUUGCGAUAUUGGAUCGCAGAUAAACUUAAUACAGAGCUAGGAUGGAAAAAUGCAUUUAUAUUGUCUGAUGCGAGUGUACCUGGUGAAGGUGAACACAAAAUUAUGGAUUUUAUUCGUGCACAACGUGCUAGUCCAUAUCAUGAUCCUAAUACUUGUCACGUGAUAUAUGGCUUGGAUGCCGAUCUUAUUAUGCUUUCAUUGGCUACACACGAACCUCAUUUUAAAGUACUACGAGAAGACGUCUUCUUUCAAGAAGGAAUUUAUAGAGGAUGUUUUAUAUGUGGACAAUCGGAUCAUAUUGCUAAUCAAUGCACAGGUCAAGCUAAACAAAAACAGGGACAAUAUGAUGAGAAGGGAAAAUCUAUUAUCAUUAAACCAUACAUCUUUCUAAAUGUUCAAGUUCUUCGAGAAUAUUUGGAAAUUGAACUUAAAGUAUCCAGUAUACCUUGGCCAUUUAAUUUGGAGAAUGCGAUCGAUGACUGGGUUUUUCUUUGUUUUUUCGUCGGUAAUGAUUUUCUUCCACAUUUGCCGUCUUUGGAGAUCAGAGAAGGUGCGAUAGAUACCUUGAUAACCAUAUGGAAGCGUUGUUUGCCAUUAAUGGGUGGCUAUUUAACCAAUAGUGGAGUUGUGGAUUUAAAAAGGUUGCAAUAUUUGGUUACAGAACUUGGUAAACAAGAAGAUGAUAUUUUUCUUCGUCGAUAUCGAAAUGAACAAAGACGAACUCCACAACCUCCCCCUGCCCCAAAACGUCGAAAGGUCAAGGCAAAUAAAGUUAUAGACGUUUAUCAGUCAUUUGAAUCACCCCAAAAUGAAAUUGAUAAAUCGCAAAAUAUAUCCUUUGAUUUCAUAAUAAAUAAUGUAGCAGUAUUAUAUAAUUUUACUUCCUUAACUAAUAAAUACAAUACACAUAUCUUGCCUCAUUUGCCAAUUGGGAUGCCGCUACUCCCAGUAAAAGGAUUUGACUCACACCUUCGUGCGAAGACAAAUCAAGAGGUCGUUGCUAAUAGACAAGAAUUACGUAUAGCUAAUAUAAAUGCCGCUCAAUUAUUGAAAGCAGAGUUAAGUAGCUCCGACACCGCUACUUCAACAACAAAUAUUAAUAUAAAAAUUGAUAACUCAAAUUCAUCACUUCAAAUGGAUUGUGGUAGUUCUGAAGUUUCAAUUAAACAAGAUACCGUUGCUCGUAGCGACGAGACUUUAUUGACAUCACUUACGUUACCAUCAAAAAGAAAAAAAGAUGAGAUUGAUGAUGAAAUUCCAACGACGAUUGAAGGAGAUGUUAAAGAUGAUGACGACAAUUUAUCAAGCACGUCAAAAGAUAAAGAUGAAGGUCAUGGUGAUUCAAUUAGACUAUGGGAAGCAGGAUUUAAAGAAAGAUAUUAUAAGCAAAAGUUUGGUGUCGAGUUACCGAAUAAAGAAUUUCAAAACAAUUAUAUCGAAGGUCUCUGUUGGGGUGUUCCAUCGUGGAAAUGGUAUUAUCCUUACCAUUAUUCACCAUUUGCAUCAGAUUUUGUCGAUAUUGGCGACAUUCAAGUCAACUUCGAAUUAGGUGAACCUUUCAAACCAUUUGAACAGCUAAUGAGUGUACUGCCUGCGCAUAGCAAAGAGCAUUUGCCAGUACCUUUUCAAAAACUUAUGACUGAAGAAGAAAGUGAAAUUAUUUGCUUUUACCCUAAAGAAUUUAAAAUUGAUUUAAACGGCAAAAAAUUUGCAUGGCAAGGAGUUGCUCUACUUCCAUUCAUUGAUGAAUCGCGUUUACUUAAAGCCAUAGAGUCGGUAUAUCCUCAAUUAAAUACCGAUGAGAUUACAAGAAAUACUCUUGGAUCUGAAAUCCUUUGUUUUAGCAACAAACAUCAAUUAUAUAGUAACCUAUUUCCUCUAUACUCAAGUCAGGACUCAGUCAAGCCUAUACCAUUGGAUCCAACUAUGAGUGACAAACUGAUUGGAUUUGUAUCAAAAGAUCCAAAAUUUAUACCUGAAAGUACAUUUCAUUCACCUUUAAUCGAAAAAAAUAUGCCAGAUAUUACCGUUGACAAAUCAUUGAGUGUAUUCUAUCACCUUCCAGCUAAAACAACUACCAAUGCACAUAAAUCCAUACUUUUACGAAAUGUCAGGAUGGAUUCUCCAGUAUUAGGAUGGGAAGAUCAUGAAUGGAUAAGAAACGAUGACCGUGCUUAUCACAACAGUCAUGAUACGCAUAGCUACCAAAAUAAACCUCCUGAUACUGAUUAUCAAAGUAGAGCCAACAUAAAUAUGUAUGAUGAUAAUAGAGAAACACGUCGAAACCAUUAUACUCCUACAAGUAAUUCUGGGUAUCAUUAUAACAACCAUGACGUAUCACGUUAUCAGUAUCAAUCUAAUAAUUAUGAGAAUAGAGGCUCUUCGCAAUAUGGAAAUCGAUAUAAUAAUAGUCAAAGAUAUAAUCGAGUAAAUCCUUCUCGCGGCUCAAGUGCAAAUUCACAAUCGCCUUAUGGUCAAAAUACCAGAUUUGACAAAUAUCAUAAUGAUUCUAGACGUGACCAUUGA